AAAAAAACCCUAGAAUCGGAGUGUGUGUGUAUAUAUAUAUAUGUGUGUGUUUUGCCAUCAAUUGUUCUAAAACAUUAAAUCAUAAACAUAUAUAUCCUUUGAACACUUUCCGUUCUCUCAUUCCCCUCAUCUUCUUCACCUUCUCCGGACCCGGAAUUCGCCGAUCCCCAUCUUGGUGGAUUUCAAGCUCUGCCUGGUUUCUAGUAGGUAUAUACCCUUCAAGCUCGAGAUGAGAUCGAACUCUAGAGAAGAUGAGGACUUUCAAACGAAACAAGAAGCCGAUCAUCAUCAUCAGAGCUCAGUAAACCUAAACCAGUUGAGACCGAGCUCAUCAUCUUCGUCAUCGAGACAAUGGACAUCAGCCUUCAGGAACCCAAGAAUCGUUAGAGUUUCAAAAACAUUCGGAGGCAAAGACAGACACAGCAAAGUCUGCACGGUUCGAGGGCUUCGAGACAGGCGGAUAAGGUUGUCUGUCCCCACCGCUAUUCAGCUCUACGAUCUCCAAGACAGAUUAGGGCUGAGUCAGCCCAGCAAAGUCAUCGACUGGCUCCUCGAGGCCGCGAAGGACGACGUCGACAAACUUCCUCCUCUUCAAUUUCCUCACGGAUUCAACCAAUUGUAUCCGAAUCUCAUGUUCGGGAGCUCGAGUAACGGCGAAUCGUUGUCGGGAAACCUCGGUUUCUUCGAUAACUGGGACCUUGGAAGUGCCGGUUCUUCAAGAGCAAGAUCAAGAACCGAUGCCCAGAGAGAAAGUUUCGAUCUUGAUAAAGGGAAGUGGAUCAAAUUCGACGAUCAUCACCGUGAGCACGAUCAAGACAACAAUCGUGAUCAUGGGUUUGGCAUCGACUCGAAUUCGAGCCAAAGCCACAAGCUUUACUCGACAUUGCUGAAUAACCCGACAGUGGCCAACGCUUCUUACUUCAACUUCGGACAUCCCCAACAAUCAUUCGACCAAUCCGGUAACGUUACUGUAGCAUCAACGGCUAAUAAUAAUUUAAAUCAGUCGACUGGCGAGGGAUCUCAGUUGUUCUUCUGUCCUCCUCCGGCGACAGCGAUGAGUCCUCUCUUUCCAACGUACCCUUCGUUCCUUGGAGCUUCCAAUCACGUCGAUGGCGGUCAUUAUCUUCAGCUCUUCAGUUCUUCUUCAAACUCAUCAACGCAACAGAUGUUGUCGGGUAAUAAUUCGAGCUUCAUUAGACCGUUCCACCAGUUGAUGAAUGCGAAUCCCGGGUUCCAUGAUUUGCAGAGGAAUAACCAAGAUAGCAACGACAAUGACUCCGAUUCAUGAUGAAGAUAUGUAUAUGCACAUAUCCUUGUGUUAAUUAUGCAUAUGGUGUCGGGGUUAUAUAUAAUCUCUCCUUUGUAUGUAUAGUCCCAAUAAUCUUGGUCUAGCAAGAAAUUAACUGAUCAUGCGAUCAGGUUAGUGACAUUUUGGGUAUAAUUUUGAAUAUUAAUUCACUUUUCUAUA